AUGGGAUCUCUUAUUAAAACAGAACCUUUGUACAACAUCUCGUAUGCAAAAGAAUCACCAGGAAUCUACUUCGACUACAUCUCCGACAUGCAUACAACAGCUGCAAAUUGGGAGAUAGCAAUAUAUUUAAAUGUGUCCAUUUAUCAGGCACAUUAUUUACAAAUCAACAAUUUUCAGAUUGAAACUCUAGGACUUUACAAUGAAGCGACCGAAAGUUUUUCAAAUGAAUGCAGUUUCUUAUGCUUAAAAAAGAAAUUUUAUAUUUCUGAAAUUUGUUCGUUGUUUAAGACAUCAGAAAAAUUUUGA